UCUAUAUGUUGGCGAUCGUGGCAUGUUGGUAGUAUUAUAAUCUCUGGUGGCAAGCAUGGUGGGGGUAAUGGAUACUUGUUGGUGGUUUCACGUGUUGAUUUAAUCAUGAAACAUACCGAAGAAAAACUGGUGCUACGAAGAAGAGGCGGAGGAAAUGUAAUUGAGCAGUGUCCUGUUUUCUCUUUAGAUGCAGAGAUACUGUAUACAGUAUGUGGGUCUGUUAUUCGAGCAUACGGUGUAAGGACUGGAGAAUUGGUGAGCGAGUAUGAGAGAUUGAAGGGAAAAGUUACGGGUGUUCAGCUUCAUCCAUCAUACCCUAAUGUUAUCGUGGCAUGUUCUGAAAAAGGAGAGCUUAUUCAAUGGAACUGUAGCUCAAGAUUACCAAGCAGUAUAGUGUGUCUUAAGUUUAAGAAUAAACGAACUGCAACUGUGACUGGCUUCCAUUUUUUGUCACCAAGUCCUCAAGAAAGUGAAUCUGAUAAAUGCGUUGUUUGUGUUGUGUGGAAGAAAUCAAAACGUGACGUGUCACAACUGUCAACAUUCUGCAGCCAGACAGGCAGUCUUCUACUUAACUUAAAGUUCCAGCUGGAUGAUCAUACCCAUAAUGUUGCCUACGGAGGUAAACCAGGUGAAGAGUAUGUAGCAGGUAUUCACAAAAAUAUGUUACAGUUUAUUGAUGCUGUUGAAUGGAAGCAGUGUGACAAGCAGUAUAUUGGUGGAGGACGAUGGUUUACAUGCGUAGCAUGUCACCCAGAAGAGCGAUGCAUUGCUACAGGAGACAACACAGGACGUGUGCUUAUAUGGUGGAACCUGCUGACAUCUGGAAAGCCAACAUGGGCUGUGUAUCAUUGGCACACAUUGCCUGUACAAGCUGUAACUUUCUCACAAACAGGAAGUCACUUCUACAGUGGAGCAGGAGAAUGUGUACUUGUAAAAUGGACUCUCAACAAGCCUUUGGAUAGAAGCUUCCUUCCUCGUUUACCUAACUCUAUUUGCCAUUUGUCAGUGGCACCAGACAAUAAAUGCCUUGCUAUAUCUACCAGUGACAAUGGUAUUCAAAUUGUUGAUCCCCAAUUGAAACUAAUCAGUGUGAUUCAGCAUUUCACCUGGCAGGUUGAGGUUAAACAUGGCUUACCUCUGUUUCCUGCAGGGAUUAGUGUAGACCCACGCACUAAGGCUCUAGUGAUGAAUGGAAGGACAGGGCACAUCCAAUUCUAUUCUCCACAUACUGGGACUCUCUUAUACAACUUGGAUAUCACGCAGAUGAAUUACCUAACUCAAGAACGUAAUAAUGUGAUUGUGAACACAGAUGUUACAAAAGUAUCAUUGAAUUGUAAUGGAGAGUGGAUGGCUACAGUGGAAGAACGUGAUGAUAGAGAAACUAAUAUGGAGGUCCGUCUCAAGUUCUGGAAUUAUGAUAGUGUGAAACAAAGUUUCUGUUUAAACACUUCGGUUGAACUGCCUCAUAUUGGAGGAGUCUUAUCAGUUGAAUUUCAGCCAAGUCCAGAUCUACAGCAGCAGUUGGCAGUAACUGCUGGGAGAGACUUAAAAUUUCGUAUCUGGAGUCUUGUUGAGUCUUCCAGCAUUUACAAGAAAGGCGUUAUGGUUUGGAGAUGUGAGAGUGUGGGUUUCUUCCGAAAUCUGCCGAUUGGAGAUACAGGAUUUUCUGCUGAUGGUUCCCUCCUGGCUGUAACAUUUGGUCCUACGCUUACAGUAUGGGUGCCAGAAACUAACCAGCUAAAGUGUAGCCUCACUGAACUACACUCUAAAAUAAAUCUCAGUCAUGUGCAGUUUGGAAUGGUAGAUUGUGGUCAUCUGGUGGUAACAGGUAGCUCAGUGAACAUAAAUGUGUGGCAUCUGCUGACACUGUCACUUGUGUGGACAGUUCCUAUACAUGUCAGCAUACUUACAGCUGAUCCAUAUUCAGAAUUCAUGGCAGUGUUCACUUUGAAUAAUGACUUAUUUGUGUUCUCUCCAAGAUGUUCAAAACCAUUGUACAUACACAAAAACAUUGUUCCUGGGAAUUGCUCCAUUUUAUGUGCUGCAUUUGUUCCUCGUUUCAGUUUAGAGAGGUCUUCUGGAAUUCCAUGGCAAGAAAAUUCACAUCUCUACUUUCUGGACUCUAACCAGGAAUUAUUGACAUUAGAGAGACCUUGUGAAGAUGCAAAUGUGAAGGAAGGGCUAGCCUUGCCUAUUUCAACUCUUCAGCCUGUUACAUUUUUUAGCACACUCUUGGCUAAGCACAGGAGUUCAGAUGUGGAAAAGCUGCAUAUUGAUACUCAACAACAGCUUGGAGAUCCAGGUGCUUCUGCCAUCAGAGAAUUGCUGAGUGCUCCAGCAUACACGAUACCUCCAAUGAAUCUGCUGUGUGGUCCGAUCCUUCGUUCACUUGUAGCUUCUAGCAGCAAGCAAAUAGAAGAAAAGAAGACCAAUUUGAAAGAGAGAAAGAAGGAUAAAGCAGAUAGAAUGGAGACAAAAGAUUCAGGAGUAGAUAGUGAAGAUGAGACCUCUGGUCAUGAACUGUUGAAACAAAGGGAAGUGAAGGAUGAUCCAAACAAAAUUCAAACAAAUGAUUUGACAAGGACUAUAAAUAUAGCAGAUGUGGAAUCUAGGCUUGCAUCUGUCUUGGAGGAAAAAUUUGAUUGGACAGCAGUAUUGCUCCAUACUGACACAGCUUGUUCGUUUUGAACAGGGCUGUGGAGUCAGUACCAAAACCUCUUACUCAGGCUCCUUCUCUUUCAUAAAAGCUCAAUAUGUAUUAAUAAUGGUAAACCUACUAAGACCCUGGCCACACAACCGUACAAAGUAUGUCCGUUGCAACGGACGUACUUUUGUACGGACGUAGGCGAGGACACCACAUGAGCGCAGUGUGAUGCGUCAGUUGCCCUAAUGGAGCCGGAAGAAGCCAUUGCGUUCUGUGGUCUUGCCCAUUCAUAAUUCUAUGACGGACAUCACGAUGUGCGUUACAACGGACAUACUUUGUACUAUUGUGUGGCCCCAGCCUAAAAUGGUAAAUGGUACCAUAAGAGAUUUCAUCACCACCACGUGAAUCAUCAGGCUACUUUUUAGAUUUAUAACCUAUAUUUAAAUAUACGUCUAAUAGUUAUUGAGAAAUCGGUUGAUUUGUAAACAGUAUGAAUUCUUAAGGUACCGGAGCCAUAGUUACAAAGCAUUAUUCCCGCACCAUGUGGCUCAACGCAUCAUUGAAUCUCCCUAAGCGCGAGGCCUUCCCGUGGCUCACACGGUAGCAAAAGUGUUAAAAUAGUAUUUUCUUAAGAUUUUAUAUCUGAGUCAGUAAAUUUUUACCGACUCCACAGCCCUGGUUUUGAAGUCUCUGGAAUUAAAUCAGGGUUACUUGUCUAAUGUAAUUAUGUACCUUGCAGGGAUGUGCAUGGUGGAAAAAGUUUUGUGAGUUCAGUGAAAAACUAAGAAAGUAUUUGUUUUGAUUUUUUAUAUUUUAGGAACUUUACCAUCAUGAAAGAUUUGGCAAUGCUCCUUAACUAAAAAUUGUGGAGAAGGGGCUGCAGUAACUUUAGACCUACUACAGUGAAAUCCCUGUUUUAUGUUUUUGAAGGGAAAAUCCAAGUUGAAUGUUGAGUAAAGGAAAUAGAAAUUCAUUAAGGAAUGAAAAUGAAUUGCAAGUAAUAGUACAGUGUACUGUGAAGUUUCAGGUUCUCACAGCAGUGAAUAUGAAGAUGACAACCUUCUAGGGUGUUGUACCGUGUUGUCUCACAUGAGGUGACCACACCAUUGUGUGGUAAAUUAUCAAUCUAGACAUUCACAUGAUCAUGAUUUCCUUGAGUAAUGAUAAUUAAUCAUGGAACCAUAAAGUGUCUACUACUUUCGAAAAUGAAACAUUAGUUUCAAAUACCAGCCAUCAGCUUUACCAGCAAGGGGACAUGACAUAUGGUUUAUACUUCCUUUAGACAUCCUGGUUUCCAACAAUUGAAUAUGUACGUGUAAUAGUUUUAUUCCUUUGUGGAUGACUGCAUUUUGAUAUAAGAAUGCUAACUAAGAUUUUCUGAUCACAUUGUUUUUUGGUACACAUAUAUCUGUUGAUUCUAAGUAGGCAAUAAAAAUGGUAACUUCUAAUGUAAUCAUUGUACAAUAUGCGCAUUUUCUUCAGUAUAAGUUCAGUUCAGACAAUAUUAUCUUGUUGAUUGUGUGAAUACGAGAUGUUUCCCUUUAUCUUGCCAGAUUUAUUUAAAACUUGCAUUAUCUCCACAGUUUUAUAAAAGCAUUUGCACAUAUGUAUAUAGAAUGAUGUAACUGAUGUGUGCUAAUUGUAUUUGAGUAAAAUGAAGCAUCUGUGGAGGUGUAUAACCACUUAUCCAGGAGCUUAUAUUGCCCUUGUGUUAGGAAAAAAUAAAAGUUUUACAGCCAGACUUGCAGAACCUGUGAAAUUACACCAAGAAUGUAACCAUGCUAUCAUUAUAGGUAAUAUAAAAGGCUAAUAAAAAAGUAUAAAACUUUGA